AGGCGGACAGUGUCUUGGAGUGUCCAGCAUUGUCCAGAAGUGUCUUUCGAAGGAGCGUAGACCGAAUUCCGAAUAACGACCUGCACCGUGAUCUACGAUGCUGACGAAGUACCUCAGUUUUCUUUUCUUGGUCCUAGUUACUGUCCUGGCCGAGGAAAAGGACGUAGUUGACCUCACCGAUGAUAACUUCAGCCAUGAAUUGGAGCGGCUCGAGAACACACUCGUUAUGUUUUACGCACCAUGGUGCGGUCAUUGUAAACGGUUGAAGCCAGAAUAUGCCAAAGCAGCUGAAAUGCUCUUGGGCAAUGAUCCUCCAAUUAGUCUUGCCAAAGUAGAUUGUACGGAGAGUGGAAAGGAGACUUGUAACAAAUAUUCGGUCAGUGGUUAUCCAACAUUGAAAAUCUUCUCCAGGGGAGAUCUAGUCAGUGAUUAUAAUGGACCCAGAGAAGCUGCAGGUAUUGCCAAAUACAUGAAGGCACAAAUUGGUCCAGCAGCUAAGGAAUUAACCGAUGAAAGCUCUUUGAAGUCAUUCUUAGAAUCCGAUGAAGUAGGUGUUGUUGGUUUCUUUGAAAAUGACAAUUCACCUUUAGCAACAUCUUUCCAUUCAGUGUCCAAAAAACUCAAAGAGAAAGUCAGAUUUGCCUACACCAGUGCCAAGUCUCUUCUAGACAAAGAAGGAUACAAGAACACCAUCGUUUUGUAUCGACCAAAAGUACUGAAGAACAAGUUUGAACAAAGCAUUGUGAAACACGAGGGUGGAGACUCCAUCGCAGAUGUUCAAGAAUUCAUUAACAAAAACUACUUCGGUAUCGCUGGUGUCCGUACACGAGACAAUAGUGGAGAAUUCAAGAACCCACUGGUGGUCGCAUACUACUCGGUGGACUACGUGAAAAAUCCGAAGGGCACCAAUUACUGGCGCAACAGGAUCAUCAAGGUUGCCAAGGAUUUCCCGAAAUUGAACUUCGCUAUUUCAUCUAAGGAUGACUUCCAGCACGAACUGAAUGACUUCGGAAUAGACUUUGUGAAGGGCGACAAACCUUUAAUCCUUGCUAGAAACGCGAACAACCAGAAGUUUGUUAUGAAAGACGAAUUCUCGGUUGAAACGUUCGAAACAUUCUUAAAAGAUCUUGAGGCAGACGCCUUGGAACCAUAUCUGAAGUCGGAACCGAUUCCUGAGGAUAACAGUGGACCUGUUAAGGUUGGAGUAGCGCGAAACUUCGAUGAGGUUGUUACGAACAACGGUAAAGAUACGUUGAUCGAGUUCUAUGCUCCUUGGUGCGGUCACUGCAAGAAAUUGGCACCUGUCUUCGACGAAUUGGGCGAGAAGCUUGCCAAUGAGGACGUAGAGAUUGUUAAGUUCGAUGCUACCACCAACGACGUUCCGUCGCCUUAUGAAGUUCGAGGAUUCCCAACACUUUAUUGGGCACCAAAGGAUGCCAAGGAUAAGCCUGUUAAAUAUGAAGGUGGCAGGUUAAUCGAUGACUUCAUCAAGUACAUCGCUAAGCACGCAACUGACGAACUUAAAGGAUUUGAUCGCAAAGGCAAACCCGCGAAGUCGAAGAGCGACGAGUUGUAAAUUUUUCUCUCUAAACAAAUACGUGAUACGAUUACUACAUUUUUAUAUGUCUCAGCAGCAAAACGUGGAAUAAGAUUUUCCUUGUGGGACUUACUAGUGUGUUGAGAGGAGUGGCAUGCAAUUAAAUCUAAGGGCUAACAAUUUUUCUAGUUCCAGAGAUAGGUCUGAAUGAAAGGGUGGUACCCCCCCCCCC